GCCGCCGUCACCUCUGGCGAUGAUAGUGUUAAACGUCCCGCCGCCAGCCACGGCGCUUAUUAACCCUCCCCUGCCCGGAGCUCUGGGCUUUCAUUGCAGCAAAUGACAGGUUGUGGGUCUGUAAUUGCGUCUUCUGAAGUAACCGGAGCCCCCUCCUCCCAGUAAUGAAUGGGCACCCCGGGAAGGCAGGAAGUUGUAAUGAAGCCCUCUGUCUUCUAGAUGCUCCCGUCCCUCCCAGAGCUCCGGGAAAGGGAGGAAGUGCGGGGCCGUGUGGUCCAUGACAGGACGUAACGCGGUGUGACAGGGAUGCUGCUGCCCGCUGCCUUCAGGUGACGAUGAGGACGGGCGGCUACCGGCAGAGGAUUACACCGCCCGAUUAACCUUGUGGAGAGGGCGAGGCAGCCCGUCCCCGCCGCCCCUCUCUGGGCUUGUCCUGCCCUGCCCGGACUGCAGAGAAUGCGCAGGCUGCCUUGUGAGCGGGGGUGACAGCCGAGGACGGCGCUGUGUGUGUGACAAUGGCGGGGAGCCACUGAGUGCGGUAGGUCAGCUCACUGAAGGGUGGAUUGAGAAGAAAUGGCAGACCAGAGCCAAAUCCAGUCAUCUGCUUCCAAAAGCAUCCGACCGUUCCGCUCCAGUGAGGAGUAUCUGGAGGCCAUGAAGGAGGACCUCACUGACUGGCUCAAUAUGCUAUAUGACUUAGACAUGGAAGCCACCACCUUCCUCGAGGCUUUGGAGACUGGCUACACAUUAUGUCAGCAUGCUAACAACCUGAACCGAUUGGCUCGAGAUUUUAAAGUACAGUAUCCAGAUGCUGCCGCUACCAUGCGGCUACCAAAUAAGGAGGUGACCUUCCAGGUUAAAGGUGCAGUUCCCAGCUCAUUCAUUGCCAGGGACAAUGUGUCGAACUUCAUUGGCUGGUGCCGGAAGGAACUUGGUAUACCAGAGGUGCUCAUGUUUGAGACCAAUGACCUGGUGUUGAGGAAGGGGGAGAAGAGCUUUGUAUUGUGCUUGCUUGAGGUCGCCCGGCGAGGUGCACGCUUUGGCAUGCCCGCACCAAUUCUCAUUCAGAUGGAAGAAGAAAUUGAAGAAGAACUUAGCCGGGGCAGGCCCAACGCUGAUCAGAAAGGAUACCCACGGCCUCAGAUGCCUGCCAGGCCUCCUCGUACUUUAUGUGAUCUCAAGAACUUGGAUGAAUUGGUUCGGGAGAUACUUGGCUGCUGCCGUUGUCCUUCACAGUUUCCAAUGAUAAAAGUGUCAGAAGGAAAAUAUCAAGUUGGAGACAGUAACACCCUCAUCUUUGUGCGGGUUCUAAGGAAUCAUGUUAUGGUGCGUGUAGGGGGUGGAUGGGAUACUCUGGAACAUUAUCUAGACAAGCAUGAUCCCUGCAGAUGCCAGUUUGCUUCCCAUCGAGCUCCAACAUCUCGCCCCAUAACAUUUUCCCCGCAACGUGGAGCUAACCUUCCUCCUACCCGAACUUCCAGCCCCUCCCGGGGACGUUAUUCAGAGGGCUUGCCCAGAAUUAUUAAGAACCCAGAGGCUAACACUCCGCGGCGAUCCAUUCCGGGCCCAGUGUCCUCUCUGAACAGCACCUCCAAGACAACGUUGCCUCAGAAGGAGCUCCCAGGAAUGCCCGGAAUUAACUCCUUCAGGCCUCCUCGCCCCCGGCGGUAUUCUGGUGACAGUGACUCUUCUGCUUCCUCUGUUCAAAGUGCCCCUGCUGGCAGAAAAUCUGUUGAUGUUUUGAGACCAGGGCUUCGCUCUUCUAUAACACGCAGUCAGUCUCAGGACAGAGGCCCUAUGUCAAAGCGAUCACAGGCAUCUCAGCCUGUCAUGCCUGAACGUGGCCGAGUCCCAGGCCCUCCUAGUCGACGUGCUCGAAGUCAAGGACCUCCAGCUAACAAGAAAACUGUUUUGCUUAUUACACGGGACAAGGGCGGACAACAUUCAUGGUCAACUCCUGUGACUUCUAAGCCCCCUAACAAUCGGACUCAAACAGAACCUCCAAAAUCUCAUGCACGGAGACAGUUAGGAUACGCACCUGCGCCAUUAGAUGUUCGUCAGGAGCAACAAAUUUAUUGCAGCCUCGAGAAAGAGUUCUUGGAAAAUUCGCGAAUUCUGGGGGCACACGAGCACACUGGGGGAACACAGGGGGCUUCCUUGUUACUUAGUCCACCUUUCAAUGAGCCAGCUGCUGUAGACUCUGCAUACUGUUCAUCUAGUUCAUCUUCAUCCUCGCUCAACUUCUACAUUACUGGAGGAGGACGGGAGCAGAAUACAGAUGGGAAUAUUGCAACAGUUCCUACAUCUACAUGGAGGAGACUUCCAGCCCUGUCCAGUUCCUCAGAUGAUAGUUGCACACCUGCCGUUGAAGAUCUCCAGGAGCAGUCUGAGUCUGAGGAGGCCUCUGUAGUCCCUGAGGAUGAUGCAGAGUCCAGUGAAGUGGUGUUGAGACCUAAGAAAACAGUGAAACGACCAGACAGAGUCCCUUCUAUCUAUAAACUUAAACUGCGCCCAAAGAUCCGGCCACGAGCAGACAUACAACCAGACAAAUCACCGUCUCGCAUACCCACUCCACUUAACUACAGAACUGCAAAUUCUCCACCUAAAUCUGCACCUACCCGUUGUUCUUGGAGAUCUCUACAAGCGGUUUUCUUCUCGGAUUCUGGAGUACAAGCAGAUAAUUCAUGUGGUUGAGCAGAGUAUGGAUCACUAUUACCCUGAUUUAACUAUGAAACUGUGCUUUAGUAAUGAGUCAGUACUGGAUUCUCUUGAAAGCAAGCAUGACAUGUCAUAAAUCCAUACCAAGGAUGACAGUCUGCACAUGAAUGGUUAUACAAUCCUAUAUUAGCAGUAUGUAAUAUCGCAGCAUGUGCAUUUUCAGGUGGCUGCUAUGAUACAGCAAUAAUGAGCAUUUGCACGGCAGGGAAAGGGUGUAAAACCUGUUACUACUGCAACCUUACAGCUUCCUACCCGGUGGGAGAAGUCUAUUAUAUUCUCUCUUUAGUUUUUAUAUAUUUUAAAUUUUUAUUUUUGUUUUUAGUGCCCUUUAACCCUAAAAAAUGUUUCAAAAAGUGAAUAGGUUUCUAUGUUGGAAUUAGCAUGUCCAAUAUUCAGAUGUGGUACAGUACUUUGGAGCAGUACUGUGUCAUGGGGCUACAAUCAUUACUAUUUUUUUAUUAGGGCAGUUAAAUUGGCUGUUUUAUACCUUUUUCAUCCAUGUUAGGCCUCAUGUACACGACCAUAGGCCGUCCUUGCCCUUGAAUGGGACCGCAAGAUGCAGAGCAGAGGCCCACGGUACGCUUCUGUGGGAUUUGGGUCUGUGCCUUUGCGCCACAAAAAAAUAGGACCUGCAAACAGCUGGCGCAUAGCCGAUGCCCGUGCAUUGCAGACCGCACACGGCCCUUAGGCUGAAAUCAUCCGUGCAGGUUUUGAUGCAGUUUUAUGAGCCAAACACAAGUCUGGAUACAAAAUAUACAAAGAGCAGUUUUUCUUUUUUAUGCUUAUCCUUCUUUUUAGACCCUCUUCUGGCUUUGGCUCAAAACACUACAAUCUGCCACAAAGCUGCAUGUGUGGUUCCAGCCUUAAAGGUAAAUACCCUUAUGGGUUUGAAUCUCCUCCCAGAGGAAGACCUGUUUCUAGUCUGAUAGUUGACGCUGUGUUCACACUUCAUUUUAGCUCUCUGCAGGGGGUAUACAUUUGAAUACCCAAAAGCGGUAUUCAAAUGUAUGCUGCAGCAGGUACUCCGUUCAGUGAAGACGAUGGUCUAAAGGAGGCAUAUUUGGACUUUGUCAGACCUGCUGUCCAUUUAGUUUCUGGCUUUUUUUUGCCAGACAUAAUAAGCAGUCUACCAAGCCAUCCUGUCGGAAAGACAAAUGGAAAAACAGGUGCAAUGGAGUGCAAAGAUAAAUCCUUUACCAUCCGUCUCACUAAAGUGAAUGCACAUGUCAUGGUAUAUAUUUGAAUGAUGCUUUCGGGUAUUCAAAUGUAGAUCCCAGAGGGCUAAAAAAAAGCAAUGCGGACCCAGCCUUACAUUAGUCGUACAUAUAAAGUGGCUUGUUCAAUUAAUUGGAACAGUCUUAUGAUAUAGCAACUGCGUUUCCCACAGAAAUGAUCAGCAGAUUACCAUUUACAGUAUAUAAAACACCUUUCUAUCAUCCACUUAGCAAAUA